ACUUGUUCAUCCAAACACCCCACCCAUUUUGACCUUUAGCUACCAUAUCCUCAUCUCCCUCUCACAAACACAGAAGAAACGUGUACAAUGAGUGUCGCUAUUCCGUGAGAUCUAUCUUCCUACCAACAAAUUGAUUUCUUCUACCUUUCUACUGUUAAAUCUUCGAAAAACUUAGCACCACAUCGAAAUCAAACACAACCCCAAAUAGCAUUCCACCAAGGGUUGCGUUUUUAACCUUUUGAUCCUUCGUUACCCACUUCAGUUUCCAUUUAUGGCCUCUGCUGCAGUAACGAGAUUCUUUAUCAUCUUGACUUUGCUUCCGCUAAUCACGCAUUCUAUCCCUUUUGUUGUGUUUCAUGGCGUUUCGGAUAGUUGCACAAAGAAAGGAGUCAAACAUUUCACUGAUCUUUUAAGCGAGUGGUCUAAUUCUACAGGAUAUUGCAUAGAAAUUGGAAAUGGAGUGUGGGAUUCUUGGUUUAUGCCCUUUGAUGAACAGACGGAGAUUGCUUGUGAAAAGGUGAAGAAUAUGAGUGAACUCAAAGAAGGCUACAACAUAGUUGGACUUUCCCAAGGUAACUUGAUUGGGCGAGCAGUACUCGAGUUUUGUGAUGGAGCACCUCCGGUGAAGAACUUCAUAUCGGUAGCGGGCCCUCAUGCUGGGGAAGCUUCAAUGCCAUUUUGUGGUUCUGGUUUGAUGUGCGUGUUUUUCGACAGUUUGAUGAAGUUAGCUAUUUAUAGCGAAUCUCUCCAGAACCACUUGGCUCCCUCAAAUUACAUCAAGAUCCCCACUGAUCUUGAAGCAUAUAAAGAAGGGUGUACAUUUCUACCAAAGCUGAAUAACGAGUUUGAAAAAAAUGCUACAUACAAAGAAAGAUUCAGCAGCUUGCAAAAUUUGGUGCUUAUAAUGGGUGAUAAAGAUUCAGUUUUGGUACCCAAAGAAACCUCUUGGUUUGGGUACUUUCCUGAUGGAGCUUUGGAACCAAUACUUCCAGCACAAGAGACGAGACUAUAUAUUGAAGACUGGAUUGGGUUGAGGACAUUGGAUGAGGCUGGGAGGGUCAAAUUCGUAAAUGUGACAGGAGGACAUCUUGACAUUACUGAUGAUGAUAUGAAGAAGUACAUGGUCCCAUAUUUAGUAGAUGAAGAAGCAGAAGCUUCUCAGAAUCCGAUUUUAAUAGAAUCAAAAUCGGAUUCUGAUGCCACGAGUUUUCUGAUGAGAAAACUCGGUGGACAACAAGACCUUCAAUUAAACAUUAACAUUUUACAUCGCUUGUAAUGCGAUUAUAAUGAAUAUUUCUCUACUCAAAGGGCCUAUGUGAUUUUAUUAAACCCGAAAAAAGAGAAGUCGUUGUUCAUGGUAUGUUUGUUGGUGUUCAUCUACUAAAUUGCAAACACUGAUAUUUAGCCUUAGAAACACGUGUAAUUAAUAUCUGGAAACUUGCAAACACUGAUGUUUAAUAAUUGUUAAUGUAAUAAUGGGUACUGCUGCUGUUAACCAGAGUUUCUAAUGAAUGGUUUUCAAGUUUCCAGCA